AUGGGACAGGCUGAGAGCGCUUGUUUCUUUGGAGCGAGAAAGAGCAAGAGCCAGAGCAAAGGGAAGAGAUCGUCGACCUCGCUGCCGAUCGGGGAAGGGCAACCCCGGGUCAGAGGCCGCCCAGCCUCUCCGAGAGCAAAGCCCACUCUGCUUCAGCCUUCAGCCCUUGAUUUUCGACCAGAUGUCCGCCACGGCUUCCUCAGUCAUCUCUACGCGGCUCUGGACCAGAGGAAUACACACUUUGUGGAUCGCGAGGAGCUCUGGAAAGGAGAGGAAAUAUCUCCGGCGCUUAUGAGGGCGAUCAAGGAAUCGCGCAUCGCGAUCAUUGUCUUCUCUGAGAACUACGCCUCCUCACCGUGGUGUUUGGAAGAGCUCUUGAAAAUCAUGGAGUGCAAGGAGCAAAACGACCUGAUGGUGGUGUUCCCAGUGUUUUACAAAGUGGAACCGAGAGAAGUGAGAGGGGGCAGAGAGAGUUAUAAGAGAGCUAUGGAUAACCAUGAGUCCAAGUUCGGGAAGGAUUCAGAGAAAGUGAAGAGAUGA